AUGGCGCAGUUAAACGAUGGUAGAGCGCGUUUGAAACAAGAUGCGGAGAAUUUCAACAAAAUCAGACAGGAACUACAAGGCGAUGCGUUGUACAAUGUACUGGACGCUGAUCUGAAUGAGUUCCGCAACCAGAGAAUCAAUAUCGCUAUCAUUGGUAUGAAGAAACAUGGAAAGAGCUCCCUGACGAACGCUUUGAUCGGGAAGAACCCUCAAGAUCAAGGGGCAGCAGAAGUUCGAGACUUCCUCACUGUAGAAAGAGAGCCGGAUCCCUUCAGAAUACCCAAUAACGAAUUGAUGACUAUUUGGGAUAUUUCCGGGAAACGAGAGGAAGAUGAUAAAACUUACAUGGACAGAAUUGGGAGCGAUCGUUAUAAUUACGACAUGUAUCUUAUUGUAUUAAAAGAAGACUUUACUAAAUCAGCAAAAUCGAUGAUCUCUAGGAUAAUCGAAUUGAAAAAGAAGUUUAUGAUUGUUCGAACUCAUAUAGACGUCAAUGAACUAAACGCAGCAAACUACGGAGGAAACGCACAAGGUGCCACAGAAAUAGUUCGUACAGCAUUGCUUGAACAAAUCAGAGCACACUUCCCAGAAAAUUUGAACGAGAUUCACUUAUAUCUUGUGAACAGUUAUGACAGGGGAGGACAUGAUUUCGUAGCUCUUCAGCGGGACUUAAUCAGAUUUGCUCCGGCGGCUAAGCAAGAGGCUAUGAUUUAUGCCAUCAACGCUGCAGGGGAGGAAUUAAUUCAACAAAAGUAUUGCAGAUUACGCAAAAGGAUUCCGACGGUAUCUAGGAAAGCCGUUCUGAGUAGCAGUAUUCCGAUUGUUGAUAGAGUGUUUUUUGAUUCUCUUGAAGUUAUAAUUGCAGAAGAAAUCAUGCAAUACCUGGAUGUUUUUUGCAUCUCCAAAACACAAGUUCACAGUUUCGAGCUAAGACACAACAUGGGAGGUCUGGAGGAUCUCAUGAAACAUCAGGCAAGUGGACUUACCGAAGAGAUCCGCGAAAAAAGUGCAACCGCUCGAAUCGAUCCAACCGUGAAUCGAGGAAAUGUUGCAAGCCAGGCUGCAAUUGGCGCUGGCGUAAUUGCAUGCGCAAGCCGUUCCUUGCCACCGGCGAUCAGAGUUGCGUCUGGCUUUUUGGCAAUUCUGGUUGCAGCUGUCUCUAGUAAUUUCGUUUCCUCUCCCAAACUGGAACAAAUUUUAACUGAAUCUUUGGACCAAUGCAAAUUACUCGCGCUUGAAAAAGAGAAAGAGUACCAAAGAGCUAAGCGAGGUGCAAAUCACAACUAUGUAGAUGUUUAG